GAGGCUCCUGGGCGUGUCAGUGCUCUGUUUUCAGCAUAAAAACCCCUGUAGUUUGGGUUGUUCAGUGCAUUCAGCAAUCAACCAGCAAUAUGACCAGUCUUACUGCUAGAGACAAGGAGACAGUCCGAGCCUUCUGGGCUAAAGUGGGUGGACACGCGGAAGUCAUCGGCGCCAAUGCUUUGUCCAGGUUGCUGACGGUGUACCCGCAGACCAAGACCUACUUCGCCCACUGGAAGGACCAGAGCCCCACCUCUGCCUCUGCCAAGAAGCACGGAAUCACUGUGAUGAACGGAGUUGGAUUGGCUGUGUCCAAAAUCGACGACCUGAAAGCAGGUCUGCUGGACCUCAGUGAGCUGCACGCCUUCACCCUGCGUGUGGAUCCUGCCAACUUCAAGAUUCUGUCCCACUGCAUCCUUGUGGUCAUGGCCAUCAUGUACCCCGAGGAAUUCACCCCUGAGGUCCAUGUGUCUCUGGACAAGUUCCUGGCUGCUCUGGCUCUGGCCCUGGCUGAGAAAUACAGAUAAACAGCAGAAGAAUAUGAUGGAGACUGCAGCAUGAGCUUACUCUGCAUACAAUAAAUAAAAAUAAAUGCAAAAAAAAAAAAGGUUUUGGGACUCUUUGUGAUGAUAUUUUAUUUAAUGUUGGUGUUUCUACAUCAAAAGGCAGCUUUUGCUUAAGUCUGUUCCACAAUAGGCAUGGUGUUAAAUGAGCAACAUUUAUAAAUAGAUAUGUGUAUAUUCAUGAAAUUUCAUAAAAAAUUACGUCAAAAAUUCAAUU